CCGGUCUUCAGGGCGGACUGUGAGAGGAGCCUAGCUCCCCUCACGUUCGUCACGCUGCCCCGCCUACACACAUCCUGACAGCCAAUCACUAGCUAUCAGGAUAUCAUCAGAGCACUGAUGAUCAGUGUGCCCUGAUGAUCUGUGUAGCCCCAGCAGCGCCACCUGUCAGUGUCCAUCAGUUCCAGUUCUGUGCUCAUCCAUGCCACCUGCCAGUGCCACAUUUCAGUGCCACAUCAAUGCCACAUAUCAGUGCCCAUCUGAGCUGCCUUUCAGUGUCACCCGCCAGUGCCACCUAUCAAUGCCAGUCAGUGCCAACUAUCAGUGCCAGUCAGUGCCGCCUAUCAGUGUGCAUCAGUGCUGCCUAUCAGUGCCAGUCA